UAUUUUAACGCGUUUUCAAGGACAGAAAGGUAACAUUAAAUUUCGUUAAAUCGUUAAAUUUUGCAUACACUUUUACAUGGGAACAUCGCAAUUGUUUAUUAUAAAGUAACGCCAUACUUUCAGUUAGUAACAGUGAAAUUAUAAAGUUAUAAAUAUUUUACAUGUAAUGUUGAAUGCAAAAAAAAGAUAGUUUCACCUAUUCAACGGUUCUUUGAUGUUAAUGAUGUUCACGAAUAUUUUAUAUAAACUGUAAACAUCGUAAUGUAGCAUGAAAGCUAUUCAAGCAUAACAAACUAAAAGUUAACAACUAUAAAAUGACAGAAACAUACAUAAAAAUUAUAAUUAUGUCUUUUAAUUAGUCAUCAAACGAACGCAAGUAUACGAGCAACGAAGUAAUUACAAAUAUUGAAGGGUGAGCUAUUUCUGAAUCACAAUAUUCUGACAAUCUGCCUGUAUUCCAUGUUUAUGAUAUGAAUAACGGACAAGAUCACCAUCAGGUGUGUGUAUGAAUUCAAUUCCUUACAGUAUUUUUUUGAAAAUGGAUAUUUAUAUUAAAAUAUGUAUUCGAAUUGUAAAUUAAUGAAUCAUCAAUUUUAUUUUUUAUUAGAUACAUCAGCAUCAUCAUCGCCAUCACUCACCGAAAAAAUCUAAGAUAAAUGAGCAACAAAAAUCAAACCAAGAAUCAAUACAAUUCAUCAGCUUGUCAAAUCAACAAUCAAUCGUAAACUUUGAUAACCUAAAUAUGAAUCAUCUAGCAAAUGUAACGCCUGAUACUUUCUACGCAGAAGACCAAUAUACACAACACAUGAAUAAUAAUAUUCGAAAGAAGCAUAAGAAAAAGGCCAAUCGAAAAAAUGUCAAGUUCAACGAUACUUCAUUGCAUAACUUGAACGAAUUGAUUUUGAACGUAGGUGAAAACGAAAUAGCGUACCAAGAUUAUACAUAUGCACAAGAUGACAAUGCUGAUGAUACAUUUAACUGUGGUGAGACCGAAAACCAGCGAGUUGCACCACCUCCUAUUGUGGAAGAAAAUAAACAAGUUACAAAUGAAGACGAAAAACUUGGAACAGAUGAAGCUCCACUUAUUGAAUAUGCCAAUGAGCCAUUAUUACCUCUCGUCGAUGCAUGUGCUCCUCUAAAUGAUAUUCUUCACGAUUUAUCGUAUUAUAUUAAUAUGGCACUUGAAGAAACUCCCGAAGAACCAUCCGAUGGACUCACAAUCGAUGAGAGUGCAGCCAUUCGUCUUUAUACGAUCGAAUGGGCAGCACCGCAUCGAAGUCUCUAUUCAAUGCUUAAUUAUACAUUGAAGAAUUGCAGUCGUGAAGAUCUUCGACCUUAUUUUCGGUAUAUAAAAUUAUUCUUAACUGCUUUAGUUAAAUUACCAUGUUGUCCACCAUUGACUGUAUGGAGAGGAGUAACUAAAAAUUUGAGUGCCGAUUUUCCACCUGGUACUCGAGUGACAUGGUGGGCAUUUUCAUCAACUACAACGGAACUGACCGUGCUUGAAAAUAAUAUGUAUUUGGGUACGACAGGUGCACGAACAUUGUUUUCUGUUGAAACAAUCAAUGGACGAACAAUUCGUGCUCAUUCACAUUUCGUUACUGAAGAUGAAAUUUUACUUCUACCCGGUACUCAUAUGAUAGUUCAAUCACAAUUUAGUCCGGCAACUGAUCUUUAUAUCAUUCACUUAAAACAAGUCAUACCGGAUGAAACACUUCUUGAGCUUCCUUUUGAAGGUGCAUGCUUAUAUCCAAAAAUUGAACUUCCAUGGUAUCGGAAGAAGCGAUUUGUUAUUCCAUCAGCUUUAUUCGUGAUUGUAUGCAUCGUAGCAAUUAUUCUUGGUGCUGUUCUUGGACUACGAGCAGCAAAUAAAGAGCCACCAUACAUGUUCACAAAUCCAUAUCCAUCUGGAACAACGUCUGACAUAGGUAGUUUUCCAAUAUCUCUGGUGUCUGGUUAUUUCAAUGAUGAUAAAUACGUAGAUUUGGCUAUAUUGAACUCUGGAGACCAAAGUAUUGAUAUACUACUUGGAAAUGCAAACGGUAUCUAUUCGACACCAACACAAACUGAUACCGGUACAGAUCCAGUUUUUGUGACAUUGUGCAAUGCGAGUAGUAACACAAGUUAUCUUAUCGUAGUUAAUAGAAAUGAUGAAACUAUCACCCUGUUGAAUAUCAAUAAAGAUGGAACAUUGGAUUACGUGACAGAUUUUACAGUUGGCAUGGGACCGAUUUCUGUUGUAUGCGGACAUCUUGAUAAUAAUUCAAUCAUCGAUAUGGCAGCGUUGAAUAGCUUUGACGACACUAUAUAUAUACUUUUUGAUGUUCAUGAUGAAACAUAUGAAUAUUACGAAUGGCUUAACGUUGGCGCAUAUCCAAGUUCUAUGAUAUCUGGUGACUUCAAUGAUGACUUGAUCUUGGAUCUGGUAGUCGUCAAUCAAGAUGAUAACAACAUUACUGUGCUAAUUGGUAUUGGAGAUGGAUAUUUUCAAGGUUCAGUCACCUAUAAUGUCGGGGAGAUACCAACCUUUGUGGUAUCGGGAGACUUUAAUAAUGACAAAAAAAUGGAUUUGGCAGUAUCUAAUAGUGGAAGCACUUUCAUUAGUAUUUUGUUUGGUGAUGGAAAUGGAGGAUUCAAGACUCAAGUACAUUGUGAAGUUGGUAACGGUACAAGUGGUUUGACAGCAGCAGAUUUAAACAAUGAUAAUAUUUUGGAUUUGGUAGCAACUAUUUCAGAUAGAUCUUAUGUUAGUGUACUAUUGGGAUAUCGAAAUGAAAGCUUUCAACAUGGUGUAUAUUAUGAAGUUGGCGCUAAUCCGACCGCUGUGAUAGCUGCUGAUUUCAACAAUGAUAGCAGACUAGAUCUUGCAAUAACGAACAUGUAUGACAACACAAUCAGCAUACUAAUAAACUAUGGAAAUGGGACAUAUCAACCGCAAGUUAAGUAUGCCACUGGAAAUAGACCAAUUUUUCUUAUGGCGAAUGUUUUUAAUAACGAUAAAACUCUUGAUUUGGUAGUAGUUAACAACUUAGCAAACAGUCUCAGUCUAGUGAUAGGAAAUGGAGAUGGUACGUUUCGAGCUCGAAUACCGUUUAUGCUUCAAGAAAUUUCAACCGAUAUGGCAGCUGGUGAUUUCAACAAUGACAAUAGAACAGAUUUAGUACUGGUCAAUACACGCAAUAAAAGUGUUACCAUAUUAUUGACUACUAAAAACAAUAUCUUAGAAAAUGUGGGUAAAUAUCCAUGUGGAGUCUCGCCAGUUUUCGUGAUUGUAGAUCAUUUCAACAGUGAUAAUAAAUUAGAUUUAGCAGUUGUCAAUCAAAAAGAUAACACUGUUAGUAUCUUACUUGGUAGUGGCAACGGUAGCUUUGAAAAUCGAAGUUCGUUUCCCACUGGUACACGGCCAAUUUCUGCAGUGUCAGGUGAUUUUAAUAAAGAUAAAAAAAUGGAUCUAGCAGUAAUUAACAUAGGCAGUCAAAAUGUCAGUAUCUUAUUAGGAUAUGGGAACGGUUCCUUUCAAUUUCAAGGAUCCCACAUGACUGGAAAGAGUCCAAGUUCUGUGAUAAUACUAGAUCUGAAUAGUGAUCAAAUUAGUGAUCUCGUAGUAUCCAAUAAAGGUGAAAGCACAGUCAGUGUUUAUCUGGGCUAUGGGAACGGAAGUUUUCAAGAUCAAAACAAAUUUAAUGCAAGUGAAAAUCCAGCUCUUUUAUUGUCUGGUGACUUCAAUAAUGAUAAAAUUCUGGACAUAGCAACAAUCAGUUAUCAAUGGAGUACAAUGUGUAUGUUGAUUAGUAGUGGAAAUGCGUCUUUUCCUUAUCAGCUAACUAAUACGAUUCUUACUUCUCCAACUGAUGCAGUCGCUUAUGAUUUUAAUAAUGAUGGAAAAAUAGAUGUAGCAAUGACUGGAAGAAAGGACACCUUACGUAUAUAUCUAUCCCAAAGCAAAUAG